AUGCCACACCCUGGUCGGUUCUUGAAGGACUUAGCUCCUCAGCGCCACGUCAAUACCCUCAAUUCCAGCCCCAGUCAGCCCCCCAAGUUCCGAUCGAAUAACCCCGAGCGAGCUCCUCCCCUCGACAACCCCCGCCCGCCGAAACGAGCCAAACUCAACAGUCCCAAGAAGCCCCUGGAAGAAAUCGAGAGCGAUAGCGAUACGGCCUCGAGGGCGGGUCGCCAUGAGAGCCAGCAGAGUCUUUCGCGAUCUAACUCCCACUCGCACCCGGUGAAUGCUUCCUUCCUGGAGUUCAAGUCCGUGGAGAGUACCGCAUGUCUCGACUUCAAGCGGGAAAAGAAGCAUCAACAGAAGCGCCCAAAUGGAAGUGGAUUCCGUGUACCUGUUACACCAUUAUCCCUAACUCGGCCGCUCUCAUCUAUGGAGUCCAUCGAAGACGACGACCUUGACGAGCUCACACUUUCUACUCCACAACAUUCCGGUGUGCAGCGUCCGGCGCGUGUUGUUACAAGGCCAGAGAACAGCUUCAACGAUGCUGCCGACAGGUACAUCCUUAGUUAUCGCGCUUCACCCAGAAAGUGCCGCUCUCGAACCCAACCCAACCCACCCAAGAAGCGCGCAAGCAGUGAGGCGAUCGAGGACGAGAAAAAGUCUGAUUCGCCCAAGCGCCAAAAGAUGGACCCAAAGACUCCAAACGAACAAAAAAAAUCUCCAAGUAUUUCUCACCGGGGCGAGAUUACUCCGACCCAGUGGAACUCCAAAUCGCCCAACCUUUCUCAAGGUCUUCGAGUCCGGUCUGCGCUUUGCAACCCGGAUCACCGCUACAUGUACAGAGAUAGCGUUAAGGCGUGCACUCUGCGGUUGCGCGACAGCGAGUUACGUGGCCAGAUUGGCCUUGACGAUUCGACGGAGCUGGAGUGGCUUGGAAUCACUAAGAGGACAAGGACUAUUUCUUAUCAUCCGUCCAGCAGCAUUGUCAAAAUCGACCUAUCGAAUUACCAAACUCCCAGCGUCCGGGUCGUUUCUCCUCUAGUCAUCCGUUUCUUUACUGUCCCCGAGGCUCAGAAGGCUGUUGAGUGGGCCAAAGAGAAGCUUGGUGUCACCGUCGAGGAGCUUGAUGUGGAAAAGUUGGAAUCUAUCUACAAAAAGAUCGAUCUAAAUACUGCGCAAGAAUCUGCCCGCAAAUCCGGGGAGCAAUCCCAGCAUUUUCAAUCCCCUGUACCACAGGAAGCUCGGCGCCACUCAGUCGAUGUCGUCGAGGUCUCCAAGUCUUCGGUUUCCCGAAACAAGAUCCGGGAGCAAAUGCAGAUUUCCACACAAUCACCUGCCCCACAACGUCGCUCUGAGUCUGUCAUAUACUCCACUCGCAGCCUGAGAAGCGCUACAAGAACACAGUCACUGGAUGUAUCUCCGAAACCAGCUCCCCGCCGUUGGAGUCCCAAGCAACGAGAGCUGUGGGAGAACUGGAAGAUCCCCCUUAUCUAUGAACGGACCACUGUCGAAAAAGAGGACAUCAUGCGACUUGACGAAGGCCAGUUUCUCAAUGACAACAUUGUUAACUUUGCCCUCCGCUACAUCUAUGCCACAUACUCCAAAAUUGACAACCUGAAUGCAAGGGUCUACCUGCACAACUCCUUCUUCUAUGACAAGCUCAAAAAGGCCCCCAAAGGCAGCAACGGCAUCAAUUAUGAUGGGGUGAAGAGUUGGACUGCCAAGGUUGAUCUGCUGUCCUAUGAUUACGUCAUUGUUCCCGUUAAUGAGGACUUCCACUGGUGGGUUGCCAUCAUCUGCAACCCCGGAAGACUGGAUCUCGACGCUCGAAAGGCCGAGGACAAGAAGGCCGACGCUGGCUCGUCGGACUUGGAGGUUAUCGGGGAAUCCUCGAAGGCGGCAGCCACAGACCGGAACGGCUCUGCAGAUCAUGGAAAGUCUGAUGACAUUGAGCUCGCUGUCUCCGACCUCGUCGCCAAGCCCGUUAGGAUUGAUCUAACUGCCAGCCCCAAGGCCGAGCAAGGCAAGAAGUCGGGUUCUGCGGGGAAGCGGUUUGAUUUCAAGGAGCCGAAGAUUAUCACCCUCGAUUCCUUGGGCAAAACUCAUUACCCGGCCGUUAACUUGCUUAAGAAGUAUCUUCUCGCCGAGUUCGAGCACAAGCGUGGCAAGACCAUCACCGAGGUGCCUGCGCAACUCGGCAUGCGGGCUGUCAAUAUCCCGACGCAGUCCAACGUAUACGAUUGUGGCAUCUACGUUAUUGAGUACAUCCUCCAGUUUGCACGGGACCCUGACUUGUUCAUCUCCAGACUCCUUCGCAGGGAUGGAAAGGAAUGGGAUUUUGAUCCUUCCGAGAUGCGGUAUCUUCUCCGCGAAAAUAUCCUCCUUGAGCAGGAAAAAUAUCAGGCCAAGCAGCUGGGCGAAAAGGUGUCUCGCUCUAACUCUCUGAGCUCCUCUCAACCUCCAGCUUCAGCCCCUACCACGCCUACUGUCAACGGUAACGAUGCCGAUGCUAGCCGGAGGUAUUCGUCAGAAUCCUGUUCCUCGGCUGCGGAACCUUCACGCCCUGCCAGCACCAAUGCUACUCCCGGACCAGGCGUCGAGGUCCACGAGAUUAGCGACUCUGAAUCCGAGGCCAAAUUAUCUCCCGCCGCUCCCCACAGCACACGCCAGUCCGUUGAACCUAGCAGUCCGCCCAAGCUUCCCCCUCGCCCAACUACUCCAACUCAGGUCCCAGUGGAGGAUAAGCCCCUCCCAUCGGUGGAGCCGUCUGAUGAGAUGGAGGUUGUGCGGUCCCCUGAGCCGAAGUUUAUUUCCAAAAUUCCAACGUCGUCACCUGCCCCAGUGUCAGCGUCAAAGCAGGGAAGUUCUGCCCGCCGAGCGUCCCUCACCUUGUCUCAGAGACCUAACCGGCCACUCGAAGUUAUUCCGAGAUCGUUCUAUGGCAGCUUGAAUCUCGACGCUUCGCCGUCCGAGUGGUGGCAUGGGUGUGAGAGUCCGAAUACAAGGAAGAAGAGGCAGCCUCAACCCACUCAAGCCACGAAAUCCGCAACAAGUCCUAAGGAAGUUGGUCGCAGGCAGAGUGUGAAUGGCACCACUACAACCCCGAAUCAGAGCCAAAACCAGAUUCAAAAGAGCUACGGGCAUGUCACGAGUCAGUUUGUCUUGGAUGAGACUGAGCCGGAGGUGGUUAGUGCGAAGUUGAUUCGCCCUGCCGCAUCGAGGAGGUCGGUUGGGCCGACGUCGGAGAAUAGGGGGGGUUCUUAUGUUGUUGAUUUAACGGAGGAUGAUUGA